AUGGUUUCAAACAGCCAACAUUCCUAUCUCCAAAGAUAUCCUGAUGCUGAAGGAUAUUUCGGUCAGUUUGGCGGCAACCACUAUCCACCCGAGCUUGGGCCAGCGCUGGAAGAACUGGCCAGCAGCUAUCAAGAACUUCAUCAAACGCCAGAGUUCCAGCGUACACUCAAUGAAGUACGAGUCGGACUUCAAGGGCGACCAACGCCGAUACACCACCUCAAAAAUAUUUCGAAUCAGGUCGGGGGCGCUCAGAUCUUCAUAAAGCGGGAGGAUCUGAAUCACACGGGCGCUCACAAAAUCAACCACUGUGUUGGCUUCGCACUUCUUGCUAGCAAAAUGGGUAAAAAGAAACUGAUUGCCGAGACCGGCGCUGGACAACACGGUGUCGCGUUGGCAACUGCUGCUGCCUAUUUUGGCCUUGAAUGCGAGGUUCAUAUGGGGGAGGUUGAUAUCGCUAAACAAAGCUCGAAUGUCGGUCGCAUGCAGCUCCUUGGUGCGCGCGUGGUGUCGGCGAAUACUGGUCAGUCUGCGUUGAAGGAGGCCAGUGAUUCCGCCUUCAACGCAUAUGUAGAACAGCACGCGGACGCGCUCUAUGCGAUAGGAUCAGCCAUCGGACCACAUCCGUUCCCAAUGAUUGUCCGAGAUUUCCAAGCUGUAGUUGGUCAAGAAGCCCGCGAGCAAUUUCUUUCCAUCACGAAUGGAAGCUUGCCUGACCAUGUGGUUGCCUGUGUCGCCGGCGGCUCCAAUGCGAUGGGAAUGUUUUCUGGCUUUAUCGACGAUGUGGAGGUUGUUCUGCAUGCAGUGGAGCCCCUUGGUAUAUCUCAUGAGCUAGGUAAACAUGCAGCGACACUGGCGUAUGGAAAAUUGGGGACAUUACAUGGUGCUCGAUCAGUUGUGCUGCAGAAAGAUGACGGGACGCCGGCCGGGGUCUCUUCUGUGGCAUCGGGACUUGCCUACCCUGGCGUUGGCCCAGAGAUUGCGAUGCUCCAUAGAAACGGACGGCUUUCCCUCGGAGAAGUUUCAAAUGAUGAAGCCGUCAAGACGUUUUUCCGCAUGGCAAAGUUUGAGGGAAUCAUCCCUGCAUUGGAAAGUGCUCAUGCUUUGGCGUUUGCAAUUCGCUUAGCGUCAACGCGCCCUCCGUCGGAACGAAUACUGGUCAAUCUUUCGGGGCGAGGCGAUAAAGAUGUUGACUUCGUGAUUGAAAACUAUGGGACCGGAGAUUCCUUGCCAGCUCCUUCGUGGUAG